AUGCCUAGACUUUUGAAACGGACAAUGGUUAUAUCCAACAAUGCUAAUUACGAAGUUUUACCAACGUUUGAAAGCAGAAUAGUUGGCGCUUUGAUUAGACCAAUUGAAGAAUACAAUGAAAAGAAGUGGAGAUGGAUCUAUAGAUUUCUAACUAUCGUCAAGUGUUUUAUAUGGUACAACAACUUUCACGAGAUUGAAUUCAUCAAUAGUAUAAUUAUUGGCUUGAUAGCUGGCGCGAUGACAAUUGAGGAAAGAAAUCACAAGGGAGAAGAGGAAACGUUUUGGAACUUCAUAUGGUCCUCCACUAACUUUUAUCGAAGACUUGUAUUUAUUUGUCUCCGCAUAAAUAUGUAUUAUAUUGAGUCAUUAGUAGAAGUUGAUAAAAGAACUGGCGGAACGGUUUCGAAUGAGAUGUUGCUGAAAAUGAUAACACCGUGGAUUGGAGCAAUGUUGGGAUCAUUCUGUGGACAGUAUGUGACUAUAUUGAGGGACGAGUCCGUUGGUGGAGUUGCUGGUGGACUGUUGGGACUAGCGACUGCAGAGUUUUGGAUUAAACAAUUUCCGUUUGUUUCUCGAUACUGA